AUCAGUAUGACCAUUAUAAGACAUAGAUAUUGGAAUGUCCCCGUUUUGCCCCAUGGCCCCGUUCUGCCCCACGUUCCCCUACCUUUGUCUUUUACAAUAUAUUUUUUUACUAAGAAGUAAGAACUUGAUUUAGUAAUUCAGUACUACACUACUACAGCACUUUAAAGUUUGAACAUUUAAUACUUUAACACAAUCAUCAAUAAGAACUAAGAACACGACUUAGCAUUACAGCAAGUAAUUAGCUGUUAAUAUAUACAGAUUACAGAAAUUCUUAUAUAUAUUACGGUGUAUAUUUACAGAUUCAGAUAAAAAUGUCCGGUGAUGAUGUAAAUGAUUCUAGUAUGCUUGACGACAUGAGUAAAUUUAAUUUGACAUUUUAUGAAAGCAGUAUCGAACUUUGGAGACUUGAAGAAAUGUGUCGUUUAAAAAUAAAAAGUAUUGAAGAAAUUAAGCAUUCUACUGAACAAGUCGCUUUAGAAAAUAAAUGGAUUGAAAAACAACUGCAUGAUACUAAAUCAAGAAUAGAAGAAGUUAAAGAAGAUAUAGUGAGUAUUGACAACAUUACUAACUCUCUGAAUGAAACAUUAGCUCAUCUAGAAAUCCAACAUAAAAAGAAAGAAUUCACAUUAAAUAAGUUAAAAUGUGAUUAUGAAUUACAGCUGUUUAUAAAAAUGGAAUUGUGGCAAAAAGAAGAGGAACGACUAAAUAAUAUACCUGAAGUUAAAUUAUUAAAAAUUGCUGAUUGUGAACUAAAAAACACAAAAUUAGAAUAUGAAAAAUUGUUGAUAAAUCUACAAAAUUUAGUUGAAAAGAUUGACAUAGCUACAAAUGAAAAUGAUAAAAAACGAAAUCAUAUCAUUGUAGAAUAUUCCAAAGCUUAUUUUGAAAUGCUAUCUUUAAAUAAGAGAGAAAAAAACUGUAAAAAUCGUUUAAGGAGAUUGAAUGAAGAAUAUAAUGAAAAAUGUUGUGUGAAAAAUGAACUUCUUGAACACCAAAAUAAGAAAAUAACUAAGCAAUUGUUUUGGUCAUAUACUCCCAGCACAAUUGACUCAAACAUUUUUGAUAUGAAAUUUGAUUUAUUGAAUCAAGUUCUAAAAGAUGAUAUAAAUAUUCAGAAUUCAAAAUUAAAUAAACCGAAGAAAAAUGUAACUUUUCUUUUAUCUCCUGAGGAUAAGAUAUCACUUAAAACAAAUGAUGAAAAUGUAAAUAUUUGCAAAAACUUAAAUAAAUUUGCAGUUGAAGACAAUGAAAACUUAAGUACAAAUUCUUCACAGUUAAAAAAUAUUCUUAAUGUUGAAGAUGUGGAAGAGAAUAUUAUUCAAUUUACAAAAAAAGAUUUAAUAGAAUCAGAAAAAAUGGAUUUUGAGAACAAUGAUAAACAUAUAGGUGAUGAUGAUGAUCUAAAUUCUCAUAUCAAUAAAUGUAAAACUAGUGAUGUACUAUCAGAUAUUAAAUUUAAAAAAUCAUUCAAUUCGUUGCAAGAUAGAAGUAUAAUGAAUUCAAAGAUUUUUCAACCAAGUAAAAUGAAGACAAACAAGAACAUAAAUAUGAAAAAUAAUUUUAAUCAAGAAAAACUUAUAUCAUUGAGUUUAUCAACGAAUAGUAAUAAUCAUUAUAAUAAAAAUAGUCAUCUGACUGAUAAAGACCAAUCACAGAAAUUAAAUACUUUGAAAUCUAUGAAACACUCAAAUUUAGAAAAUCUUAAUUCUGAUAAUAUCAACAUAUAUAAUGAUUUAUCUCAAUUAUCACAUGAAAAUGUAUCUAAUGAUCAAAACAAAGAGUUAUCUGAUACAUUUUGGAACUUUUGUGCAGAGCCGAUAUUGGAAAAUAGUGGAAACAGCAGUUUUUGUGGGUCAGAUUUGUCUGAAUUAUUUGAAAAUUCUUAUGAUAUUAAUCAAUUGCAAGAUAAUACACAAUUCAAUUUUUUAAACUCUUUUAACAACAACUCAGAUGUAACUCCUGAAUCAAAUUUCCAAAGAAUAAAAAUACCACAACAAUCAGGAAAUUUUAUGUUUCAACCUUCACAAAGUGAAUCAUCUGAAAAAUUAACUAUUGAUAAGAAUACAUCUAUUAAUGAAGCAACAUUUAGUGCCUCCAAUGAUUUUAUUAAACCUAAUAAACAACAUUUUUUGUCACCUGAUCAAUUUAAAUUCAAUUUUUUGUAAAAAAAAA